AUGCAGGAAUGUACUGACCGAUUUUUGGUUGAUUUCGGGUGUCUAGCAUGGAAUACCCUGCCAAGGCGACUCGACCUUCCUGAACUUGUAUUCAUGGAGUUCACUGACUCUGAUCGCAGUAUCUAA